GUUCUGGGUUUAAAAGCUGCAGAGCCGCUACAGCAGCUGCAAAGUCAUUUUCCAGCGGCGGUCUGAACAUAGCGGUGUUGCUGCAGAAAUGGUUGACGCGUUUCUAGGAAAAUGGCAUUUAAUCAACACGGAGAAUUUUGACGCCUACAUGGUUAAAUUAGGAGUGGGUGUGGCACUAAGGAAUUUAGCUAAAAUGGCUAAGCCCACAACUACAAUUUCCAAGGACGGCGAUACAAUCAUCCUAGCAACCGACAGCACCAUAAAAAGCACAAAGAUUUGUUUCAAGCUCGGGGAGGAGUUUGAUGAGACCACCGCUGACAGUAGGAAAACGAAGACCACAGUGGUAAUGGAUAAAGGCAAAAUGGUCCAAACACAACGGUGGGAUGGAAAAGAAACAACCCUGGUUAGAGAACUGAAGGAUGAUAAGCUAAUAUUGACUUGUACCAUGGGAGAUGUGGUGUGCACCAGAACCUAUCAGAAGGGAAAUUGUUGACCUGGAACAAGGAGUGGAUUGGCUGUUUUCAAUGAACCACACUUGCUGCUUUUCUACUGGAGUUUCCCUUGGUAUUUUGUAUAACUAGGACUGUUCUUUUCAUGGCAUUUUUGGUUUAAAAUUUGUAGACCUUGCACUUUUUUUUAAAGUAAACUUCAUGGGUUAAUCUGGGAUUUUAUAAAUGACUUUAAACCAAUGUAAUUGUAUGCAUUCACUGAUGAAACUGCAUUAUGGAGGCAUUAAACCCUUUGUGUGAGACAGGCACAGACUUCCAUGACCAAAAAGUAUCAUGACCUCUAUGCUAAUUUGUAAUCAUCUUGUGAUAUCCUUCAUAGAAAAUAACAACUUAAUUUUGGAUAUAACCAAGAUAACAUGAGGGAUUUUAAUUCUGGGAUGUAAUCACUCUAAGUCUAUGCAAGAUGUUCCCAGAUGCAUAUGAUAAAACAAUAAAUAUUGCUCAGCAGUGGGCAAUUAAGAUGUCAAGUAUUUACUUAGCCUAUUAACUGUUUUAUUGCAAUGUAUGUUUCAUAAUUAAACAAUUAUAAAUUGCUCACUGUUAUGCUACUGGCCUACCUAAAAUUCUUAUUCCCAAAGUUGCUGGCAAACCCUUACAAUUUUUCAGUGUUAUGAAAGUUGAUAAACUGUAGAGCCAAUGAAGUUGGUGCAAAAAGAAUGGUCCUGUGUACAAACAGUGCAAAAAAAAAAGCCAAAUCUGUGCAGCUCUAAUAAAAUUUAUGUACAAAGCAA